GGUACCAUUAAAGCACAAUUGGAAUGGAGGCAAACUAAUGGCAAAACAUUUGAUUCAGUGAGCAAACAAUUAUUGUCUAAGCAUAAAGGGAAUAGAGAAUUCAGUAGAAAAACGCCAAUUGAUUAUAAUGAAUAUGAUGAGCAGGGAUUAAAACAACCAUAUAAUGACUCUUUCUUACAAUGGCAUGAUAAUUAUGGCCAAUUAGUAAACGAUAAUAUCAAAUUAAAUGAAUUAGAAAAGGAAGUGAUCAAUGUACAUUAUUAUACAUCAAAAAUAAACAUUUUUAAAAAAUAUGACAGAUUAAAAAGUUCUAAAGUAUUUAAUAAAAUUAUGUAUAAGAAAAUGUUUUUAUUGUUUAUUCUUCCAGUUAUAAUUUUAUUAGUUGGAUUUUCUUUUUUACACUACGGUAUGAAUGCAACCGAAAUUUUGUACUAUAUUCCAUUUGCUGUAUCAUCCUUUUUUAUAUUAUUUUAUACAUUUUUUAAAAUCCUAAAAUAUUAUAUUUAUAUAGAAAAUGAUGGAAAAUGUAGUUUUGGGGAUUAUUUUAGAAUAUUCUCCAAAAAGAUCAAUUAA